UCCCCGGAGUUAUAUGUCACUCACAAUUUAUUUACAUUACUGAAUGAUCUACUCUGCAAUUGAGAUGACAAAGGAUAAUGAACUAAUCUAAAUAAGCAAAUAGUUCAAGGCCAGAUAUGGUGUAACUUAUCACAACAGCUCAAUUCUAUUUAUCUUCAUCUUAAUGAAAUUCCAGUAAAGCAGGAAAUUGGUUGGGCGGAACUGAUAUAUUAGUCAUAUAACUGUGGCAGCUGGGAGUUUUAACAGAACUGAAAUAAUAAAAAUCUAAAACAUGAAUAAUAUGCUAAUAAGUGUAUUGGCAUUCUUUUGUUAUGUGCAUAACUCGAAUGCUCUUCAAUGUAGAGAUGAAGAGAACAAUCCAGUAGACUGGUAUGUACUCUAUAAAAUUCCAAAAUUGAAACAACAAAAUCUUUUAAUCGAGCAGGGCUCUGCUUACAUAUAUUUGACUUCGAAUCAUUAUGGAUCUUGGCAAAUUUCAAAUAAAUCGAUUAAUAGUACCAAUUCUAUUAUUGGAAAUACACUGCAGAACUUAUAUUCUAGUAAGAAUGAUGUAUUAUAUAUCCUUUACAACGAUGAACCACCAAAUGAAAACAAAAAUUCUAACAAAGGUCAUACCAAAGGGGUAGUUAUGGCCGAUAUGACUGGAGGAUUUUGGCUGGUGCAUUCAGUUCCCAAUUUUCCUGAAAUGGGAUCUAGUUAUGCCUACCCUGAGAAUGGAAUUGUUUACGGUCAAAGUUUUCUCUGCAUAUCGAUGGAUUUGAAAAAUUUGAACAAAGUAGGUAUUCAACUUCAAUACAACCAGCCAGAAAUUUACAGUGAAAAUGUGCCGUCCAACUUGAAAUCACUUGUACCUGACUUAGCUAAGGCUGCAGCUAAUGUCACCGUAGACAGUGCUCCUUGGUACCACAUAACCAAUCUUUAUUCCAAAAGUGGUGUCCAGUUCACUUCGUUCGCAAAAUCAAAACAAUUCUGCAAAGACUUGUACGAGGAUUUAGUUGCACCUUACUUAGAAAGCGAUUUAGUUGUGGAAACGUGGCCGAAUGGACCAGGAAGGUUACCAUCUGAUUGUAAAAAAUUGUUUAAGGUGAAUAAUGUUGAAUCCAUAAAUAUCCCAGUGGCAGAAGUUUCUUUCAAAGCAACACAUGAUCAUUCGAAAUGGUCAGUUACAUCUACCUCAUCCAAAAAAUAUUGGACUUGCAUUGGAGACAUAAACAGAGCAGCUCACCAAGAAGUGAGAGGAGGUGGUACUGUAUGCUUGAAUAAUGAAGUGCUCACCAAAAACUAUCAAACAAUUGUUGAAACUAUUGAAAAAUGUUAGCAGUGUCAUAAUGGAAUUAGGUUUUGCAAAGUAAUGCUGAUUAAAACAUUUUACCUAUUGUUUCCACUGAAGAGUUUCAUUUUGUCUAACAGAAGAAAAGUGAGCAAGGUGAAUCAAAAUAUCAAAUUAAACAAAUUUAAGAAGUGCUAGACUCCUUGUAAUAAUUAUCAGUUACAUGUUUACUUAUAAUUACAUAAUUUUAAAAGUAUUCAUUUAAAUGUUUCCCCAUCUCAAGCCACAUCAUGAAUACAUACAUACAAUAAAAGUAUAACUGAUCA